CGGUACAUUCGUAUCUGAUUGGUUAGGGGGAAACGGAACGAACGUGGAAUAUUAUUGAGGUCACCAGGGUGUCUUUGAAAGGUUAUCGAACGUCGUCUUCUCGAACUUGAAAUCCGUCACUUUUGUGCCAGAAGUACCGCUGCGAACAUGUUGCCACGAUUCCUGAAGCCCACGUUGUCCGUCGCUCAGCAGGGAGCAAAGGGGCUCUCGACGAGUGCUAGACGCGAUGCCAAGGUCGCCGUUAUGGGUGCCAGCGGUGGAAUCGGCCAGCCGCUAUCGUUGCUCUUGAAACAGUCGCCCCUCGUUACUGAAUUAUCUUUAUAUGAUAUCGUGAACACGCCAGGUGUCGCCGCUGAUCUCUCACACAUGGACACAAAUUCAAAAGUGAAGGCUUUCACCGGUCCUGAUGAAUUGAAGGAUUCGGUUAAGGGGGCUCAAGUAGUCAUUAUACCUGCUGGUGUACCACGUAAACCGGGAAUGACUAGAGAUGAUCUGUUCAAUACAAAUGCAUCUAUAGUAAGGGAUCUUGUCCAGGCUGUGGCUAGUACAUCCCCAAAGGCGCUUAUUGCCAUUAUUUCUAAUCCAGUUAAUAGCACAGUGCCCAUUGCUGCCGAGGUACUGCAGAAGGCUGGUGUCUUUGAUCCUAAGAGGCUAUUCGGUGUAACUACGUUGGAUGUUGUCAGGGCAAAUACAUUUAUUGCUGAAGCUAAAAACCUUGACCCACAGAAGACGUCUGUUCCCGUAAUCGGAGGACACAGCGGCAUCACUAUUAUUCCACUGAUUUCGCAGUGCAAACCAUCAGUUUCUUUCCCAGAUGAUCAGUUGAAAGCUCUUACCUUGAGAAUUCAGGAAGCGGGUACAGAGGUUGUCAAAGCAAAGGCUGGUACAGGCUCCGCUACAUUGUCAAUGGCAUACGCGGGUGCCCGAUUCGGUCUGUCGUUGAUUAAAGCACUCAACGGAGAAUCGAAUAUCGUUGAAUGCGCUUACGUUAAAUCCGACGUUACAGCGUCCCCAUACUUCUCGACGCCUGUUCUGUUGGGCAAAUCGGGAGUUGAGAAGAACCUUGGCCUUGGUACUCUCAGCAGCUAUGAAAAGCAGCUGUUGGAUGACGCUAUUCCGGAACUCAAGAAAAACAUUCAGAAGGGAGUGGAUUUCGUGAACAAGAAGUGAAUACUGAAAAUCAACAGACAAGAUAGCAUGGUUAAUCAUAAGCAAGAAGGAAUCAAUGAAUAUCAGUAUUCGUUGCAACAGUUCUCAUGUGGUACACGAACGGAGGCCCGAAGGGCCUGAAUCUCUUCGCCUUAUCAGUCAGUAGAUGAACCUGUCUCAUAAUCUGUAUAAUAAGUAAAGAAACGUACAAAAUUCGGGAGACGAGCCAAACAGUUUUAUUACUCAACAAGCAAUAC